GGCAGCGCUCCAGAGGAUCUGGCUAGCAUCAGGAAGCGGUUCUCUGCGUCGUCCUCGGAGCUCGGCCACCCGCUAGCGAUCAGCGCGGCGCUGGAGGACCGAGGCAGCGAGCUUCAAACACGACCGCACUGAGAUCAGAUCCUCCAGCAGAGCGACACACGACGCAGCUUGAUCCAAGAUGGCGGACCGCUUCGACUGCGCCCACUGCAAGGAGUCCCUCUACGGGCGCAAGUACAUCCAGUCGGAGGAGCGGCCUCACUGCAUCCCCUGCUACGACAGCCUCUUCUCCAACACCUGCGACGAGUGCAAGGAGCUCAUCGCCCACGACGCCCGGGAGCUGUUCUACGAGGACCGCCACUACCACGAGCACUGCUUCCGCUGCUUCCGCUGCGAGCGCUCCCUGGCCGACGAGCCCUUCACCAGCCAGGAGGAGGCGCUGCUCUGCAACGACUGCUACUGCAGCGAGUUCUCCUCCAAAUGCGUGGCCUGCGACCAGACUGUGAUGCCCGGAAGCAGGAAGCUGGAGUACGGCGGCUCCACCUGGCACGAGAGCUGCUUCACCUGCAGCAGCUGUGAGCAGCCAAUCGGCUCCAAGUCCUUCAUCCCCGACAAGGACGAGCACUACUGCGUGCCCUGCUACGAGGACAAGUUCGCCCCGCGCUGCACCCGCUGUAAAAAGGUACCUCCACCCUUCACCCCCCGGUAGAACCUCCACCCCUUC